AUGAGGACAUCUGCUACACCAAAUGACAAUGUGAGCGUCUCUAUAUAUCUGCUGACAGGCUCCCCAGGCCUGGAAUGGGCUCACCACUGGAUCUCACUACCCAUUUUUGUAGGACACUUGAUGGCCCUCAUCAGUAAUGCUAGCAUCUUGCAUCUGGUACAAACUGACUCUUCUCUCCAGCAGCCCAUGUACUACUUCCUGGCCAUCCUGGCUGUGACAGACUUGGGCCUGUGCAUGUUGGGCCUGCUGUGGUUUGAUGUCCGGAUAGUGGGCCUGGUGCCCUGUGUUCUACAGCAGUACUUCCUUCACUCCUUCUCCUUCAUGGAGUCAGCCGUACUCUUUGCUAUGGCCCUGGACCCCCUGGUAGCCAUCCGGUUCCCACUGCACUAUGCAUCUGUGCUCACCAGUCCUCGUGUGGCACUGGCCAGGACUGUGGUGGGUAUACACAGUGCCGCCAUCACUGCAGCCCCCUCAUUGAACCUGCUGAAGUUUGACUACUGUCGCCGAGGGGCACUCUCUCAUGCCUACUGCCUUCACCAGGACAUGAUCCACCUGGCCUGCUCGGACACAUGCUUCAACAAACUCUAUGGGCUGUGCAUCAUCAUGCUGGCCAUCAGCUCUGAUGGCCUUUUCAUCCUGAUCUCUUACUCUGUCAUCCUCCGCACUGCGCUGGCCAUCACCUCUGCCAAGGAGAGGCUAAAGGCCCUCAACACUUGUGUCUUGCAGAUCCUGGCUGUGCUCUGCUUCUAUGUGCCUGUGCUAGCCCUGUCCUUCGUGCACAGAUUUGGGCACCACACUUCGCCCGUGGUGCACAUCCUCAUGGGCACUAUCUCCGUGCUCUUCCCGCCCCUGAUGAACCCUAUUAUCUAUAACAUCAAGACCCAGCAGAUCCGCAGGGCCAUCCUCAAGAUGGUUUCACUGGGGAAGAUACAGUGA